GGCAGCUUGCAGGCGGCUCCCUUCCCACGCCUGGAUCAUGCCCGCUGUGUCUUCCAGCGCGGCCACAGGCGAAGAUUGGAUAUCUGCAGCUGAGAGCUAAAACUUUUUUGACUUUUCUUCUCCCCAUCAACUGAACCAUGCCAUGUGCUCAGAGGAGCUGGCUGGCAAAACUCUCAAUGGUGGCUCAGAUUCUUAACUUUGGGGCUUUUUGCCACGAGAGACAAGCUCAGCCCAGCCCGGUUCGCUUCUCAGAUCCGAGGCAAGAACAUUUUAUCAAGACCCUGCCAGAAUACUAUGUGGUGAACCCAGUUCAAGUAGAUGCCAGGGGACAUUUUCUUUCCUAUGGUCUGCAUCAUCCUGUCCCCAGCAGCAGGAGAAAGAGAGCUGCCGGGGUCUCCAAGGACCAGGUGUACUACAGAAUUUCACACGAAGAAAAAGACCUGUUUUUUAAUCUGACGGUGAACUGGGAGUUUCUUUCCAAUGGCUAUAUUGUGGAGAGGAGAUACGGGAACCUUUCCCAUGUUAAGAUGGAGGCUUCCUCAGGCCUGCCUUGUUAUCUCAAGGGCAUAGUUCUACAUCAGGGCACCACGAUGGGGACAGCAGCCCUCAGUGCCUGCCACGGACUGGUGAGUACCCGGCCCAUCAUCUUCCUCUUCCACCCCAUGCCUUAG